UAAAAUUAAAAUCGGACUCUAAUUUUUAAUGUUCCGGUAUUACUAAAAGAAAACAAAAAUGUGUGCUUCUCAUUUGUAGAAAUUAUUGAUUUGUUAAAAAAAGACAAUGUCCACUGAAGAGCCUCAAAAGCCUAAUGAUGAUCUUGGUUGUCAGCACUACAAGAGAAAGUGCAAACUUCUUGCACCUUGUUGUAACCGAGAUUAUUUCUGCCGUAUUUGUCAUGAUGAGAAUGAGAACCAUGUGUUAGACAGACAUUCAGUAAAGAAAGUGGUUUGUGCAAAAUGUGAAGAAAUACAAGAGAAACACGAGAAAUGUACUAAAUGUGAUAUAGUGUUUGGUAAAUACUUCUGUUCCUUUUGUUCUCUGUUUGAUGAUGAAGACAAGAAACAGUUUCACUGUCAAGGUUGUGGUCUCUGUAGAGUUGGUGGCAGGGAGAAUUUUUUUCACUGUGAAACAUGUGAUAUGUGCCUGGCAUUAGAUUUGAAAGAUCAGCACAAGUGUAUAGUAAAGUCUUCACGUUCUAAUUGUGCAGUAUGUUUAGAAGAUCUUCAUACUUCUAGAAUAGAGGCUCAUAUACCUCAAUGUGGACAUCUCAUUCACAGAACUUGCUUCAGAGAGAUGAUAAAAACAGGUAAUUAUGCCUGUCCAAUAUGUGGUGAAUCAAUGUUGAAUAUGAAAGAAAUAUGGGAAAAUUUAGAUGAAGAAGUUGCUAACUGUCAGAUGCCUGAUGAAUAUAAGGAUUAUCAUAUACAGAUUCUGUGUAGAGAUUGUCAUAAGGAAAGUAAUGUAGUUUUCCAUGUGUUGGGAUCAAAAUGUUCUGAGUGUGGCUCAUACAACACAUGUAGAACAGCAGGACCAGAAACUAAUAACCCAAAUGUAGUAUCUGGUGCUAGCAAUAUCAGUGAACCGAACCAGGCAUCUAACAAUGCACCAGAACCUGCUGCAGCUAACCAGCCAUGGUUAGAGAUGUUAGAAUCAGAAGAUACAACAGAACAAAGUGGUCAAACUUCAGAUGAAAGAAAAGAGUCAAACACUACAAAUGAUCAGAGGUCAACCUAACUGACAUAUAAAAAAAAUGUUACUUUUAAAAAUUAUCAUUUUUGUUACUGUAAGUAAUAAAUAGGUGUAUUCUGAUUAGAUUUGCUACCCAGUGAUUGAAUGCAGACAAUGAUUGGUCAUGUGAUUGUUAUAUACCGGUAGUUAUUUAUUAAGUUUUUCAGGCCUCAUUGUAUAAACACAAACCAGCUUGAACAUUCAGAUUUUCUGUCCCAAGAACGAAUAAGGAAGAUUUUUGUUGUUAUUCCUUUUACCUAUUCUAUGUGUUUUAGUA